CGCAGUCGUGCUGUGAUGAAGCGGUGUCUCAGUGAUCCAUGAGCCCACACACACACGCACACACACGCACACAGUGAAUGGAAACAUCAGAGAGGAGCUGAGGAGUCUGCGAGGAAAACAAGCGACAAUUCUCACACAACAAGGGCAUCGGCCUCGCUUUCCAGCUGCCAGCAUGAUGAAGGACUGCCUACAGUUCCUUAUUGAGCCGGCCAAGAAGCUCAAGAUCCGACUCAAGGAGUCCCGUAGGAGAGUCAGACUCGAGAAGAAGGAGCCGCUGCUGGAGAGUCAGUUAUUUAUUAUGGAAUUGGCUCGAGAACUCAACAAAAUUUGCCAGAGGUCAAUUGUCCUAAGUCACAUCUGGACCAGUGAGGACAUCUGGUCAGCAAGUCUGUGUCGGGAGUUUAUCAUGGAAUGGGCCGGCGUUCUGGAGAAGAGAGUACAGCCGAGGAUCGUCACAUCCGUAUACCAGUACGAGAAGCCAGAGAAGAAGGACUGGAAGGGUCACUUCCUCUGCAUGCUGGAGGCGGGAGGCGAGUGCGACAUGGGACCCUACAAAAGGGUCAUCAUGGACUGGAUAUGGGAGAUUAAAAGCAGGCCUCAGCCCACCGUGUGGCCAGGUGAGCCCGUGCUCAUGAUGCUGGACGACCUGGAGUUCCAGUGGAAGAGGGGCCGUCUCCCCAACCUGCUGCCCGCAAUGGAGCUCGUCCUGCUGGCCGUGCUGAACGCCGACAGCCCCGUAAAGGUGGAUGUGACUAAGCAGUGGCUCGUGUGGAAGCAGAAGAACCGGAGCACCGACGCAGCUCGCUACAUCCCCCACAGCGUGUGGAAUUGGAUUUGCGAUGCAGCAGAGGAAGUCACUGUGGACUCAGACUCAGCCAAUCCAGACCUGCUCAUCUCCGGCGAUGAAAAACGUAUAAGGUGCGGUCUGGAGCGCCGUGACGCGCCACGGUGCCAGCAACACUUCAACGGCUGGUGGUGUGCCGUGGGCCAGGAGGGCUACACCUCUGGACGUCACUACUGGGAGGUGGAGGUGGGCGAGCGGGACUGGCGUAUCGGAGUGGCCAAGGCAUCCGCUGUGAGGCAGGGCUUCCGCUCACUCAACACAGACACGGGCUACCUGACCCUGCGUCUGGAGAGAGGCACGGAGCUGAAGGCUCUGACAGUACCGGCCACCCCACUGCCACCUAGCUUGGCGCCCAGGAAGGUCGGGGUGUACCUGGACUUUGAGCAUGGCCAGCUGUCCUUCUACGACGUGGAGAAGCGCUCCCACCUGUACACCUUCAACGAGAAGUUCAAAGAGGAACUGUACCCGCUGUUUGGGACUGUGGAGGUGGUCAAAGACCUGGUGAUCAGGCCUGCAGACGUCCGACAGCCGUGCCUCUGCCCCGGGCCCUGCCUCUGGAACUGACCUGGCUCCUCUCCGCCACCGCCACAACACUCAGUCCUGACCCUCAGCAGCUAACGGUGAACCUCGUGUACAGUAAGGCUGUCACUUUCUCCGAAAAAAGUUUUAAAUCAAUUCCUUCGAAGAUAUUUGGACUCACACGAGGUCGAACACUCGACGCGCUGCCAGUUUGUGAUGCCUCCGCAUGCCGCCGUUGCACUCAGGUGGAGCUAACAGCUAAGCUAGCAAGCAGGUGACUCAGCAGAUGUGUUAGUUUCUUUGCCGUUAGAAGGUUAGAAGCCCAAACACUUCCACACACGCCCGCUUUUCAGAUGCUUUGAUGUUGUGGUCGAGGACAGUUCAGCUUGUUUGUGUCCUCUUGUUUACGCUGGUUAAGGUCAAGCUAUGCUCAGAGCGCCCUUUUGCGGUUACUUCAGAAUAUCUGAUGUGCUUCUAGGCUGUAUAUUUUGAACUUAAGUGGGUUUUUAAGGUUAAAGUUUGGAGCAAAGUGACAGACCUUGUGUGCUGUUGUUGACCAGGAGUAUUUCUGUGCCCUGCCUUGUGAGAUCAGGAACAAAGAACCAUCCUUCUGCGUAACACUUUCUGUUCCUCUAGCUCCAUGGAGACACAGAAUUUGACUAUUUGUAUUGUAAAAAAAUGAUUAUUUUUACUCCAGUAAGAAUUGAAAGAAGCCCAGAAAUUGUAAAUGUUUAGGAUUAAGUGGGUUUUCAAGAUUUUCAUCCCAUACCAGCAACAUGGAAAAUAUUUUUUCUGUUUUUUUAUGACGUAUUGAUUGAUGAGAACUAACCUCACAAACGAAAGUAAGCAGGUGUUGUGAAAUGGCUUGCAUCCAACAGUUUGGCAUGUCA